GGAUUUCUCGAAAAAAUCUCAAAUCUUAAACUCAGUUUCAACUUAAGUUUGAGUUUUUGUCUUAGUUGAGAUUUUGCUCAAAUUGCAUUUCUCAAAACGAUCUUAGUAAAAUCUCAGCUGAGUUAAUCUUAUUGCUCAGCUGAGUUUAUUCCUCACGACACUAAGCGGCCCGUCUGUCAAAAAACGUAACAUCCGCACAGCUGUAUCUUUCGUAAACAAAUCGUCUGCUUGUCUUCUGCCGCGUAUAACGUCAAGAUGGAGGACUUUCCUAAAGCACGGAAACCAAAUUGGACCGAGAGAGAGCGUUUGGCCUUGGUGGAGGCGGUCCGAUGCAGAGAGGACCGCCUUUUCGGUAAAAUGAAGGGGGCAGGGGGAGUGAAGAACUCUCGUGUGAAGGAAUCGGCGUGGGAGGAAGUCGCUCAAUUCGUCAAUGCACAAUCUGAAACCAGUCAAAGGGGGAUUGAAGAGGUGAAGAAGCAGUAUUCAAACCUAAAACAAAGAGCAAAGGAGAAAGCGGAUGCCAUCAGGAGACCGGCAACUGGUGGAGGACCAAAGCCUCCCUCGCCCACUCCAGUGGAGGCAGAAAUUAUUGUUGGAAUGGGGGACAGGCCUACAUUGUGUGGUCUGUCUGGAGGACAUGACACAGAGGAAGUGAUACUUUACUCUGUGCCAAAUGAGGUGCCACAGCAACAUACUUACUCAUCUGAGAUUGCCUCCACAUCCAGUUCCAGUGCAACAGUGAACUGUCAGGUCAUUGACUUGGGUCCAACACCAUCCACAUCAAAGAGACGGAAGACGAUGGAGGAAGAAGAGAUUUUAACCCUUCGGGCAGAAAGGGAGGCUUACCAAACAAAGACAGCAUACUAUAAAAUGAAAAUGAAAAUUUUGCAAUCUAAAAUGGACAAGGCAUGUUCAGAGCAGUAGGCAUUUUGUUUUUACUCUGUUUCUCCCUCUUCUUUUUCUCCCCAAUACUUUUUUGUCUGGGAGUGUUCUCAGAAAGUGCUCAAGCACACGAAGUAGUUAAAAUGUAUUACACGUCUUUUGUAAAUCUUCUUCUGAAGAACAACUAUUCCCAUUUUCAAUCAAAAGUGGCAUAAAUCAUCCUACAUUGAAGGCAAAAAUAGGUUAGGAUCAUUUGAAAAUCUUCUCAAGAACCACUGGCCCAGAAAAGUUGAAAUUUUUAUGAAUGCUUCCUAACAUAGUGUAGAUUCGAGUUCGUUCAGAUCAUGGUAUUUUUGGGUAGUGUAGGACCAAAAUAGUGUAUCAAAGUUUUUCAAUGGUGAUGUAUAGGAUUACUCUUAUAAAAAUCUUCUCAAGAACAACAGGGCCACUAAUCGUAUUGAUAUGUGACAAGACCUGUCUUUUGGUACCAAAGCUUGUGAGUGAUGUGGCCUUUGGGCAUCUUGUUCAAUGAAAUAUCUUUUGAAAGUUAUAUCUUGGGAUAUAUAUUAACAGUUUCAAUUGAUUUACAUGGUCAAAAUGAUCAAUCUGUAUGCACAUGUGCUUUGCUAUGAUUGGCAGAUAUUUAGAUAAUCGAUAAAUUCCCUUUUGAAACAAAAAUGGAAUGAUAUAGACAUCAUAUGUUCAUACUAUAACAACUGUAUAUGUAAAAUGAUUUGUUGUGCUGAAGCACAAUGGCACCACUUCUUUAGUGGUGAUGGGAGAUUGGGGAACAUCCAUAACGAUCUCCGUUACAAUUAGAACUAGUUAUUUUUUGUUUCUGUUGUGAUUCACAGGGUUGGUAUAUAUUCUGUGUACAUGUAUGUGUAGAACAGUAAAAUAAUAUUCGAGAGUAAGAGUUUACAAGUACAUUACGAAUACUAUUUAGGAUUUCUUCAUAUUCCAUACUUUUUCCGUCUCUUUGAUGUAGGUGUUGGCAUUGCUAGAUCAUUUUCCUAUUAACAUAUAUAUGGGUUUCAGUAAGACUAUAUGUGUGUAAAACUUUGCCUAUUUAUGUAUAGGCAGAAUGUUAUUGUAUAUUAAAUGUUUUUGAUCUACAGUAUCAAAAUGUUGUUAUGUGGAAAAAUCUAUGGUGCUAUUAUUUUUACAAAAUUUGUAAUAGACAAGACAAUCCAGACAAGGUAUGUAGUAUGGUUGGGAAGAUAUACUUGAUUUGUACGCAUUAAUGUAAAAUAUUAUGUAUAUCAUGUUUUGAUGCAUUCCAACAUUUCAUUUUGUGAUGCAUUAAUAAGUAUUUAUAUUCAAUGAAUAUUUCAAAGGGGCAUGGAUGCAAUUUGAGCUGAGAAUUCUCAAAUUUUACUUUUCCCAUUGCUUAACUAAGGUACAGUGUAAUUUUAAUGGUCAACCAAAAUUUGAGUGUCAGUUGUUGAACAGCACUCACAAUCAUUUGUUAUGUAAACAAGACCAGAGCCAUGUUUUCGUAUACUUAUAGAUUGCUAAAUAGAUUUAUUUAUUUUAUCUUGUUUAAUGUAUCUCAAGAUAAUUUUUCACUCAUAGAAAAUAUGUUGAAAACAAAAUGAGAUGUGACAAACUCUAGAAACUGUUUAAUUGUGUUCAGAAUUAACUUGUAAUACGAAAAAUCUGCUUUAACCAAAUCUUUUACAAGUAUAUUUAAUCUAUAUGAACAAAAACAUGACACAAGCCUUGUUUACAUAACAAGGACUUGUGACCUCUGUAUCUCCCAUGUACCUCGACAACUGACAUUCGAAUUUUUGCUGACCAUUAGAAAUACCUUCAAUGUUAAACAAUGUAAACAUUGAAACUGGAAAAAUAAAAGUUUGAAAAUUUUCAACCAAAACCGUGUCCAUGCCCUUUUAAUAGUCAUCAUUUAAGAAGAAAAAAUGAUUCUAUCUUUUUUUCUGUAUACCGUCCAAACCUUUAGUAUUAGUAAUAGAUAACCUGUUUUAUUUCAAGAAAAAAAUGCCUGACAAAUAUAAUCCCUAACAUGUUUGCCAUCUCUUUGAUCCCCAACAUCAAAACUAACAUCCUCCUGGUUUACAAAUAAUUCGUCUACAUCUAAGAUAUCAUUUCUUUCAAUACCAAUGUUGUGCAAGACUGCACAGGCCAAAGUGAUACUACAUGCCUUGUCUGGAGUUGUGCGUAGGCCAGUGGACAAACAUGAAAAUCGUUUCUUAAGAAUUCCAAAAGUCUGUUCAAUGAGAACUCUUGUUUUAGCAUGGCAGUUGUUGAAUUUGACUUCUGCUGGAGUAGAGGGAACAGGAUAUGGCGUCAUAAGAUAGGGCUUGCAGGGGUAUCCUGAGUCACCAAGAAGGAAACCUUUGUAUUGUCCUGUUGAUAUAGAAAAAAAUAUAGUACAAUCAGUCUAAUGUAUUGGUACUAUCUCAAAGCCUAGAAAAUUCUUAAUGAUAUAUACCAUUGUCAAAGGCAACAGAGAUACGGCUGUCUCUAAAUAUCCUACUGUCAUGUACGCUUCCUGGCCAUUUCGCCACACAGUUUAGGAUCCUAUACUUAGCAUCACAUAUCAUCUGAAAUUGUUAUUUUAAAAGGAAUUUAAAUUAUCAUUGCAAAUCCAGAUUUAACUGUCAGUUUAUUGGACAAUAAUUUAUGUCAUAUUUGUUUGGUAAUAGUCUUCUAUGCUAUUACAUUCAAAUUAGAUGUAUGAGCUUGCAUGCAAAAUGUUUGAACCAUCAUAUAGGUUAAAUCCUGAGAUGUAUAUAGGAAGUUUUUGAAUACCUGGUUACAUGUAUUUGUAUAAUUAAUCAAAAGUUUUAAUUCAUUAUCUUUGCUAGCCAAGUGUCCGAUUUACUUACUCUCAUGAGAGUAAGAGAAUCGGACAUUUGGUAAGCGAAGAUGGUAUUUUAUGGACAUUACUCUAGUGUUUCAGUGUGUUCCUGUAUUAGCAAUAUGGUGAUAAAAUUGUUGUGUUAAAUACCACCAGGUAUUAUUUGUUAUGUUUCGCUCAUGUGAACUGCUGGCUGGUGUGAGCUUUUCAGUCUAUCUAUGUUGUCUUCAUCAUUGUUGUCAUCUUUGACAUUCCAUAUUUUGAUUGAUUGUUUGUUGUUUUUGAAAUAGUUAGCCAUUAUACAGUAGUAUUUAUUAAGCAUAAAACUUCAAGUUAUGAAAACAUGUUAUAUUGUGUAAAUUAAGACUUGUUUAACUAGUUGCCCAUCUUCACAGAUGAGCAAUGUGGCCCAUAGGCCCUGUUGUGGCAUAAAUGAAAUUAUUAAUACAUUAUCAAAAAUCAUA